ACUUCUGCCGGAACUGCACGCAGUCCAGUAAAGCCUCACCAGCGUUCCUCGGAUCGCGGCGUUAGGACCUCGCGCAGUCGGACAAGGGACAUAAACCUAGCCAAGUGACACUCCUGGGAGAUCAUGACCAAGAAAAGAGUCGCCGUGAUUGGGGCAGGAGCGAGCGGGCUGUGUUCCAUCAAGACCUGUUUGGAUGAGGGCUUGGAGCCUGUCUGCUUUGAGAGAUCCCACGACAUCGGAGGGCUCUGGAGGUUCGAGGAAAGUCCCGAAGAAGGAAGGGCCAGCAUCUACAAGUCCGUGAUCAUCAACACCUCCAAGGAGAUGAUGUGCUUCAGUGACUACCCCAUUCCAGAUCAUUUUCCCAACUUCAUGCACAAUUCCCAGGUCCUGGAGUAUUUCAGGAUGUAUGCCAAAGAAUUUGGCCUUCUGAAGCAUAUUCAGUUCAAGACCACUGUGUGCAGUGUGAAGAAACGGCCUGAUUUCUCCACUUCUGGUCAGUGGGAGGUGGUCACUGAGUGUGAAGGGAAAAAGGAGAUGACUGUCUUUGAUGGAGUCUUGGUUUGUAGCGGCCAUCACACCACCGCUCACCUGCCGCUGGACACCUUUCCUGGGAUUGAGAAGUUCAAAGGACAGUACAUGCAUAGCCGAGACUAUAAGAACCCAGAGAAGUUCAAAGGAAAAAGAGUCAUUAUCAUUGGCAUUGGGAAUUCUGGAGGGGACCUGGCUGUGGAGAUCAGCCACACAGCUAAGCAGGUUUUCCUCAGUACCAGGAGAGGGUCUUGGGUCAUGAAUCGUGUAGGGGACCAUGGAUAUCCUAUUGACAUAUUGCUCUCUUCUCGACUUGCCCAAUUUUUAAAGAAGAUUUGUGGUGAACACUUUUCAAAUUUGUAUCUUGAAAGAAUGUUGAACCAAAGGUUUGAUCACACAUUGUUUGGCCUGAAGCCUAAACACAGAGUUCUCAGUCAACAUCCAACAAUAAAUGAUGACCUGCCAAACCGCAUCAUUUCUGGCUUUGUCAAGAUAAAAGGGAAUGUGAAGGAAUUCACUGAAACAGCUGCCAUAUUUGAGGAUGGCUCCAGGGAGGAUGACAUUGAUGCUGUUAUUUUUGCUACAGGCUAUAGUUUUUCCUUUCCUUUUCUUGAAGACUCUGUUAAAGUGGUCAAAAACAAGGUGUCUCUGUAUAAGAAGGUCUUCCCCCCUAACCUGGAAAGGCCAACUCUUGCAAUGAUAGGCUUGAUCCAGCCCUUGGGAGCCAUUAUGCCUAUUUCAGAGCUGCAAGCACGUUGGGCCACUCAAGUGUUUAAAGGGCUAAAGACAUUACCUUCACAAAGCGAAAUGAUGGCAGACAUAACUGAAAGUCAAGAGAAAAUGGCAAAAAGGUAUGUGGAGAGCCAACGCCAUACUAUUCAGGGAGACUACAUAGACACCAUGGAAGAAAUUGCUGGUUUUUUGGGGGUCAGGCCUAAUCUGCUCUCCCUGGCCUUCACUGACCCCAAGCUGGCAUUAAAAUUGUUUGUGGGACCCUGUACGCCAAUCCACUAUCGUUUGCAGGGCCCUGGAAAAUGGGCUGGGGCUCGAAAAGCUAUCCUCACCAUGGAGGAUCGUAUCAGGAAGCCUUUGAUGACAAGAGCAGUUGACAGAAGUAAUUCCGCAACUUCAGCAAUGACAGUGGGCAAGUUGGUGCUAGCUGUUGCUUUCUUUGCUAUCAUUUUGGGUUAUUUUUAGCCAUUACUUUGUCAUUGCACCAGUUUUCCUUGAGAAGCUAACACAGAGAUGCCUUCAGAAUUUGACAAGAUCAAAGACCUCCCUGUUUCAAAUUGCCAGAAUUCUGCUAGUAUUUCUCUUUGGAAAGCAUUAUCCCUCUCUUCAUUUUUCCUUCAACUUUCUAGGUUCGCAAACCAUGCUAAUAAUAUGGCAUCUGCAAACUGGGUCAGAUUGGUUGAGAAUUUGGAUUUUUUACAGCGGCUAUCUUAUCUUUUCUGAUCUAUCAGUUCCCAUAUCUGAGAAUCCAACAAGACUUUAUCUUGGGAAAUAGGAGAACUAGCUGUUAAUGGUUGUAGUAGUGUGAUCUACAAAAGCGACUUAUCUCCCCUAGCUCCAAUUUCUUUUCCUUUUCCUCCAUGGAGUUUAAUUAAUAAGUAGCAGAAGAGAUCAUUUAUGUGUUAAAUUAGACUUGAGAUUAACUAAAUGUGGAAGUAGUCUGCUUAGGCCAGCUGACCUCGGUCGCACCACAGAGAACUGAGAAACAGAACAAAUGAAGUGGAAAGCAGGGAUUUAGGCUUCCCUCUGGUACUGAUGCUGAAUAUGGUUUCUUACCUGUAGAAGUUUUGUUCUUUCUUCACAGAGAUGAUAAUUCAAUGUUAGCUCUCAGGGACGCUGAAACCACGAAGAAAGGUAUAAGAUGGAGCAGGCUUGGGCAAGAUAGACAAGUUUUUGGAUUGCUGCCUAUUAUUUAACAGAGGAUAUAUUUUUAAUAAUUCAAAGAAUAGCAUUAGGAAUUAUUAUCUUUCCUAAUACAAAUACAUAAAAAACAUAAAGAAGAAUACAAGAACUUCAUCCUAAUCAUUUAACUAUUUGGAUGGUUGUCAGCCAUUUUGCCUAUUUUACCUUUGGCAAUAAUUUCUGACAAUUGGAAAACUAAGAACUUGUAUUACUUUUAAGGCUUUUUUCCUUCUCUAAUCCCUGUGAUACUGGAUAUUUAUCAUGUGUUGAAACAGAUUUAGUAUUUAAAUCUGCAGAUUACUCUAGUGCAAAAGUAAACAGAAGGUCUCUUUAAUUUCUUUUAACACAGAAAUGUGAUGCUCUUUUAGCUUGUUUAUGAAUUAAUUGACACUCUCAUUCUUAAAAUAUGUAAGGUUACAAGAAAAUUUCUGGUUAAUUUCCAAACCAAAGUAUCAGUAAGAUAUGAAUAGGAAAUGGAAGGUAGAGCAACUCGAGACACUAAGCCCUAGUUACUGAGGAAUGGGAACAAAUGUGCACUUAUACAUGUAUACUGCUAUUCCUGUUCCUGUAGCCAUAUGAAAUGGUUGUAUGAUUUUCUCAAGUAUAUUUUGUAAACUAACUAUAUAGUAGUAGUAGUAGUAGUAGAGAGUAGUGCCAGAGAGUAAGGAUUACUCAAAAAGUAAACGAAAUAGCUUAUCAAAGAGACCAUCUGAAUGUGGUCCCCAAAGCCAAAGCUGGAAUAAUCUGAGCAACAAAAGAAAUAUUUUACUAUUGAAUUUUAAUAUAAAAUAUAUGUUUAAAAACCUCCUGAGUCUAUAUGAUAUAAAUGAAUGAAAAAAAAUAUGUCAACGGGCUGACAUAGACCUAUCUCCCAUUUGGAAGAUUUCCAAGUAAUUUAUAACCUUGCAGGGGAGCAAUUGCAGAAGCACCCUGUCAUUUGAGUGAUCAAGGUUAUGGGAAUACGAAUGAGUCAUGCUGAUAGGGUGGACUCCGGAUAAGAUUCGAUGGAAAGGUCGCUUUGUCUCUGUAGUCUUCCUCUGUUAAAGGGAUCAGGAGAAAACCUUCAGAUAAACCCAAGUGGAGAAAUAUUUACAAAAUACCUGAUCAUCUCAACUCUCUAGGUCCGCAAAACAAGGGAAGUGUGAGAAACUAUAGAGGAAGGAGACGUGAUAUCUAAGGAUAAUGUGGGACAAUAGGGUAUACUGAACAGAAAGAGCACUUUCAAGGGAAUGUUAAUAAUAGAUAUAUUUUGGUUAAUGACAGUGUAUCAGUAUGGUUCAUAGAUAUGACAAGGAUACUACAUUAUUUUAAGGGAGUAAUAAUAAGGGAAAGGAGAUGUGGGGCAUAUGGGAACUCUGUCUUGUCAUUAUAAUUUAAAUCUUUCAAAAUAAAGAAUUAUGUUU